AGAGCAGAGGAAGAAAUGUUGGCACUGUACUCCAGAAAACUGGAAAAAACUAAGCUGGUGAGGGGGUGUUGCGCACUUCUUAAAAGUCUUGCUCUGCAUGCACACUCAGGGCGUUUUAACUGUUUUCCUGGCUGCGGUGGAAUCUGAAUUUAUGUGUGGAAGCAAGAUAUUGAUCCUGGACUACAUUAAAGCAACUACUCUACAAGAGGACAGCAAGAUCUGGGCCUGUAACUUAACAUAACCAGUUUGUGUUUUAUGCUUUAAUGACACUGGACACAAUGUCAAGGUAUUUCACAGUGUGGGUGUUUUUUAGCAUAUUGUGCCCCCUUCAGCUGGCUGUGGGGGCAUUUGAGUGUUCAGAGAAGAAAAAACUGCUGAAACUGAGCCCCAACACGGUGACACAGCUAACGGACUGUUUAAUGGAGUGCACUGGGAUGACGUUCAUCAGAAAACUGCAACUUCAGGAUAAUCGUAAUAUACAGCUUAAAGAUUCUACAGAAGGAGACCUCGGGGAAUACUGUUGGUCUAUGGAGCUCAAGUGCACCAUUGGGGAGAGUUUUCAGCAAGCCUAUGUGGUGUUGCCUGUUGAUAUAUCUUCAGUCGGACCUGAGAUACUGGAAUUCAAAGUCAUUGCCCCCACUGCCACCACACUGCAUGCACACAACAGCCCCACCACAAUCGCAGAGAACUGUGGCCUCCGGUACGACGUUACUCAGCACUUCAGCACGGAGAGGACGGGGGGUUCAUUCUGCGUACAAGUCGUCACCCAGGAAGAUGUCCUGGGGGACAAAGUUCUUAAAUGUCCUCCCUAUCUGGUCACCUUCUGGCAGAGAAAUCCAAGUCAGUCCAACCAAGAAGGUGACGGAUAAAAUCUCAGUGAUGAAAUAAAUACUUUAAUUAAAGUAUUUAUACCACACUGAAACUACAAGUAGUCCUGCAUUGGAAUUGUUACUUUAGUAAAAGUAUGUGAGUAUAAUCAGGGAAAAAUAGCCAAAAUUAGAUUAUUAUAACUGAAUUAGGGGUUAGGGUUAGGGUUAAUGUUAAAGCAGCAUAUUACUGUUGAGGUGUUUAUGUAUUUUGUACAGGACAGCACUAAUGAUUAUUUUCAUGACAGAUUAAGCUUUUGACAGUUUUCCUCAUUAAUUGAAUGAUGUUUUUUGGUUUUUUUUUUUGUAAAAAUACUGAAAAUAUCAAGAAAUGCAUUUUACCCAGAGCCCAAAGUGACAUCUUCACAGACACAAGAUUUAAAGGAAAAGCAGCAAAUCUUUACUUUUCAGAAGCUGGAGGGACUGUCAAGUUUUCUCUUUCUGUGUGAAAGAUAACAACUAACAAAGGCCACAUAUAUAAACAUUUAAGCCAUAUAUCCAUGCUGAUUUUGAUGCUCUAAAGAUAGCUUUCAUUGCAAACAGCCUCUGCACUCAUGAUAUACAUUAACAAUAACAUACCAAGGUAAAUACUUACAGUAUAUUGUGAACAUUUCUCAUGAUAUGGUGUUCUGUUUUAUAAGGGACAUUUUAAAAUUAGAAUAAAUGAUAAUCUUUUUUUAGGAUUUCUUAAUGUGAAUUUUAUUUCUUGUUUUAGUUGUGAAGCUAUUUGAUGGCAUUUGAGCAAAGAAGCAGAUGUGGAUCAUUUUGCAUGCAUAUCAAGCACUAAGUGAUGUUUAUUAGAAGACAUCAUCAGUGCUCUUCUGGAUUUAUUCAAAGGCAGCCAGAGAGAUGUAAAAGUUAUCAGAUAAAUGAAGAAUGUAAAUAUGAGAUGUUAAUGGUUGUAAGUUUUUAUAGUGAUAUUAAAACGUUUUAUUUUUCUUUGUUCA